CCCAUCUGUCGCUCGGCAGUUGCCCGCGAGACCUGUGCGCGCGCGGAACUAUGUUGGAUCUCAACGAGAGGAUGGCCGAGUUGAAGUUCGAAGCACCCCUGGCCCAAUUCGAGGAAACGGAGGACUGGGGCGCGGAUUUCCGGUUCAAGUCGGCCAACCUGGACAACUUCAAGCAGAAGCAGGACGAAGUGAAGAACAUCAACAACCUCAAGAACACGAGCUUGCAGUCCCCGAAACGCGUGUGUGAUAACGAUAACGAGAACGAUAACGCGGUGCAGUGCGAGUUGGAUAACGUCAAGGGUGACACCACCCUCCCCGAGGCCUCCGUGUCCUCGGUGGCGGAUAAUUUCACGGAGACCUUCUCGGGGUCCCUCGAGGAUUUAGUCAAUACGUUCGAUGAGAAAAUUACCAAGUGUUUUUGCAACUAUGACGAGUCCGUCGAGAAGUUGGCGCCGGUGCAGGUCCGCACGCAGGAGGAAAUCAUGAGCGAAUGCCAGUAA